GUAUACAGUUGCCUUGCCGUAGGCGUAGAAGACAGUGAACACGGAAGACAGUUCCGGGUUUAUUAUUCACAGACAGCAGUCGUUAUCAUUCUGUAGUUAGUCACAUAUAAUUUCAGAAAACGAUGUCACUUUUAAUGGAUAACCAAUUUGGAGAACUUCCAGUCGACAAAUCAGUGGAUACAAAGUUCUUUCUGGAGUCAGUGGCAUAUCUUCCGCCUUUUUUUGACUGCCUGGGGUCAAAAGUAUUUGUUCCUAUCAAAUCAGACAUCAGUGGCAAUAUAACAAAAAUCAGAAGUGUGUAUGACAAGGACCCUGCCAAGUAUGCAACACUACAGCAGAUGGUGGAGUCAGAGAAGGAGGCAUACGGCACAGAGUGGCCCAAAGUGGGAGCUACCUUGGCCCUGAUGUGGCUGAAGAGAGGCCUCCGUUUCAUCCAGGUCCUGCUGCAGAGCUUGGCAGACGGAGAGAAAGACGAGAACAACCCUAACCUCAUCCGUGUCAACAUCACCAAAGCCUACGACCAGGCCCUAAAGAAAUACCACGGCUGGCUAGUGCAGAAGAUAUUUAAGGCGGCGUUGCUUGCAGCACCCUAUAAGUCAGACUUUAUAAAGGCCCUGUCAAAAGGUCAAGAGGUCAGAGAGGAGGACUGCAUGGCUAGUGUACGCCAGUUCCUCAUCAACUACACGGCCACAGUGGAUGCAAUCUAUGAGAUGUAUACAACGCUGAAUGCAGAGCUGGACUAUAGUGUUUGAUGUCCGCCAUACUGGACCACAGCAGCAUCCUGCAUGUUAUUUUCUUUCAGUCUUCUAUUUUUCAUCCUUUCUCUCAGGUUAUGGAACAUUCCAGCUUAUGAGAAUUGAGGACUUUAUUUCAAAGACGCUGUUUUUAUUCGUAUCACCAUUUGUAUUAUUAAUUUCAUGUCCCUCCUUUUAAGUCCCUACCUACUGAAUGUUGACAGUUUGGCCCCAGGUGAGUUGCUAUUGGAUGGAAAGUGGCAUAUUCCGUGUUGAGUCUUUUAUAAAUUCAAGAAAUGUAAAAAUUGCAGGAAUGGUACAGGUCUAGCACAACUCUUGUUGCGUAAGCCUAUUAAGCGGUCUGCUGCAGUUACACAUGAUCCACCAUCAGGUAAGAGACAUUUAGAAGUGAUACCCAGAGAGCUGGUCAGUGUUAUUCUAGUACUGUAUCUCUCUGUGGGAGGGAAGAGUGUUUCUGCUGAUGAUACAAGACUCAUGAAAUCCCUACUGUAACUCUGCCCUGAAACGUGAGAUAGUACCCUCACUGCCCUGUAGCUAGGGGAAGUUAACUACCCCGUGCCUUUAGAGAUUAUAACCAGCAUUAGUGGUUUUAAUGCUUAGUGCUGUCUAUUGUGUGAUGUUUUGUUUGUGGCUUCUGCAUGUUUGUUUGAACAACUGAAUCUUUAGUUGAGUAGAGUUGCACUUCCUUCAUGUCUUUUUGAAAUACAUAUUUUCAAUCCAUUCAA